AUGGCACGCCUAACAACCUAUUCUGCGUCUUUUGCCUUCUUUGAAGCCCUCUACGAGGCUGGUGUUCGCUAUGUCUUUGCCAACCUCGGAUCAGACCAUCCUGCCAUCAUGGAGGCGCUUGCAAAGGCGAGAGAGCUAGACGACGUCAAGUUUCCCACGGUUAUCACAUGUCCUCAUGAGUUCGUGGCUAUGUCAAUGGCUGAUGGAUUCGCCCGUGUCACUGGCACACCCCAAUGCGUGCUCGUACAUGUUGACGUCGGCACCCAAAUGCUAGGAUGUGCCAUGCAUAACGCCUCCUGUUCUCGUACUCCUGUCUUUGUCUUUGCCGGACUCUCCCCAUUCACCCUCGAGGGUGAGAUGAGGGGUUCGCGCACUGAGCAUAUCCAUUGGCUACAGGAUGCGCACGACCAGAGAGCUAUCGUCGCUCAAUAUUGCCGCUAUGCUGGAGAGUUCAAGACGGGUAAGAACAUCAAGCAGCUGACCAGCCGGGCUCUUCAGUUUGCCACAAGUGAUAUUCCCGGCCCCGUCUACAUGGUCGGUGCCCGCGAAGUCAUGGAAGAAGACAUCCCUGCGUACUCUCUGAAGCAGGAGGAAUGGCAGCCUGUUGUGCCUUCUGCUAUUCCACAGCCAGAGCUAGAGAUCAUCAUCAAGACCCUGGCUGAGGCAGAGUCGCCACUGAUUCUGGUCGGGUACUCUGGUCGCAAUCCUUCCACGGUACCAGAGCUUGUUACGCUCGUUGAAAGCAUUCCUGGAGUCCGAGUUCUUGAUGCCAUGGGCAGUUCACUGUCUUUCCCCUUUGGCCAUCGCGCAUCAGUCGGUGUCCGCAUUGGAGGGCAUCCGGCUAUUGAGACGGCCGAUGUUAUCCUAAUUCUCGACUGCGACGUGACUUGGAUCCCGACCAAGUGCAAGCCGCGCGAGGAUGCCAAAAUCUUCCACAUUGACCUGGAUCCGCUCAAGUCCAAUAUGCCCCUGUACUACAUUCCUGCUACUCGACGUUAUCGUGCUGACGUUGGUGUUGCCCUCAAGCAACUCAACGAAUACGUGCGCGCGAGUGACAAGUACUCCAAAUUGACCAGCCAGGAGCCAUACAUCUCGCGCUGGAGCAAGUUGGCUGAAGAGCACAAAGAACUCCUCGACCAGGCCGCAAAAGUUGCUGCUCGUCCCGAAGACCCGACCUCAUCUCCAAGCACAUCUUAUCUCUGCGCGCAGCUACGACGACUAUGCCCCAAGGAUACCAUCUGGUGUCACGAGACUAUCACUAAUGCGCCUUUCAUCCAUGAGCAGCUGCAGGUCAAUGAGCCAGGUCAUAUCCUCGGUAACGGUGGAGGUGGUCUCGGAUGGUCUGGCGGUGCCAGCUUAGGCGUCAAACUGGCAUCUGACUACCUAGCUGGAGGAGAGGGCAAAGGCAACUUUGUCACUCAGAUUGUGGGUGACGGUACAUAUUUGUUUGGCGUCCCAGGCACAGUAUACUGGGUUGCCAGCAGAUAUAGGAUUGCCACUCUCACAAUAGUGUUAAGCAACAAAGGAUGGAACGCUCCUCGCGUCUCGAUGGAGCUUGUCCACCCGACAGGCUACGGAUCCAGGAUUAACAACAAGGACCUCAACAUCUCAUUUGACCCAACGCCUGACUUUUCGGGCAUUGCGAAGGCGGCGUCUGGCAACAAGGCGUGGGCUGCCGUCAUUGACUCUGUUGAUGAUCUAGAUAGACUGUUACCCGAAGCUGUGCAGCACGUCAAGAAUGGUGUUUCUGCUAUUUUGGAGGUUCGCCUCAAGGGAUCGUGGGAUAAGCCAUAG